AUGGCGACCGGUGAGAGGCGAUCAAAUCUCAGGUUGCUCAGGACGUCACUGAUUCUGGACCAAGGCGACACACGCACGACUCGCCAUGGAGACUGUCUCAGACUGUGUAGUUACAGCUCGAGAACAGUUUCCACAGACGCCGACCUGCAUGCCCUUCUCGGAGCUGCAGAGCGUAUCAAAUUUCACGUGAUUGCUCUGCAGGAGACCAAGUGCAGAAGGAGCGACGUACGACAGAUGAAUGACGGUACACUCGUCAUUCGUGGAGAGAAGGUUCCGUCGCGAAAUGUAGGCGGUGUUGGUUUCGUUGUGCACCCAUCUGUCGUCCAUCUCGUCGAUUCACACGAGAUCCUGUCACCUCGUCUGGCCAUUCUUCGCCUCCGCCCUCUGCGCCAAAAAUCCAUCAGUAUCAUCAACUGCUAUUCACCAACAUCAGCAGCUGAUGAUUCCGAAUUGGACGCGUUUUACGAGGAGCUGGAGAAAGUAGUCCACAACGAGAAGUCCUUUUACAAAUUCGUUGUCGGAGACUUCAACGCAAAACUAGGAAAGGCCACAGAAGAGGAAUACAGGAUUGGAAGAUUUGGACUAGGGGACCGGAAUGAAAAUGGCAAUCGUCUCGCCGGGCUGUUGUCCGCCGCUCGCCUCUUUCAUGGGAACUCUCUUUUCAUGAAAAAAGAUCAUCGUCGGUGGACAUGGGAAUCGUCCAAUGGCGCGACUCGUGCGGAGAUCGACCACAUACUCACCAACCGGAGGUGGUGUCUACUUGACGUCUCAGUAGUACCAUCCUUUUGUAGUGGUUCUGAUCACCGUCUCCUUCGUGCGAAAAUACGACUCAGCCACGCGAUGGAAAAGAACAUCUGCUAUCGGCAACGAAGGAGAAAAGAAGUCGUCUACGACGAUUGCGUACUCGAGGACUCCCUGUCCCAAGGUGACUGGCACAUCGAGGAGGACCCAAACGUGGACUACGAGAUGCUGCUCAGAGGAUUACGAGCCUGUGCUGAACGUGCCUCGAAGUCGCGCACGACGAACUUGGAUCGAAUUUCGAAGACCACCAAGGAAUUGUUAGGAAGAAGAAGGGCUUUGAGGCUUGAUCCGAAUGCAUCGCACAUUGAGCGGUUAGUAGCAAACACUAGCUGCAGAAAAGCGUUGCAGGAGGAUCUUUUGAAGUACAGGCAGAAGAAGAUUCUAGAAGCAGCACAAAGAAGAACGAGUCUAAAGAAGUGCCGCAGGGACCUCCGCGAAUAUAAUAUUCCGCUAGCAACCUUGCUGAGCGAAGACGGGACUCGCACGUCUUCUCGUCGUGAGAUGGAAAUCAUUACGGAGAGGUUCUACUCGAACCUUUUCCGUUCAUCAACUCCUGUGUCAAGCCCAAUCAUCCCCACUGGCGAUGCUCCACCACGGAUUCUCCCUUCGGAAGUACGAGUCGCUAUCAAGAGCAUGAAACCUGGCACAGCCCCCGGACCUGAUUUUAUAUCAGCAGACUUUCUUCGGGCUGGUGGCCAUCCGCUUCAUGUAAUCUUAGCAGCGCACAUGACAUCCUAUCUUCAGAAAGAAAGGAUCCCAGACCAGUGGAAGACCUCGCGAACCGUUCUUAUCCAUAAGAAAGGUGACCGAGAGGACCUUCGGAACUACCGUCCGAUAUGCUUGCUGAGCGUGUUAUACAAAGUAUUCACCAAGAUCAUCCUCACACGCAUAUCUAGGACGCUGGAUGAAGCCCAGCCUCAAGAACAAGCUGGAUUCCGCCAAGGGUUCAGCUGCUUGGACCACAUCCAGACCGUGUCGAGGGUCAUAGAGAUUUGCCGGGAAUACCGCCUGCCCCUUGUUCUAACCUUCGUCGACUAUGAGAAAGCCUUUGACAGCGUAGGAACGAAUGCAAUACUGUCAGCGCUGGUCGAUCAAGGUGUGGACGCGUCGUAUGUGAGGACAUUAGCCAAUUGCUACGAACGAUGCACGACUAGGAUACAGCUUUUCCACCGCCCUCUCACCAUACCCAUUGGAAAGGGGGUACGACAAGGCGAUACUAUAUCGCCAAAGCUGUUCACGGCUGCAUUGCAAUGGAUAAUGAAAUCACCAUCCUGGGAAGAAAGGGGCAUACGUGUUGAUGGAAGAUUUCUUUCGAACCUUCGUUUUGCGGACGACAUCGUUCUCUUUUCGAGCAGUACCAAUGAAGCAGAAACGAUGCUCAACGAAUUGAACGAAGCAGGGAAGAGAAUAGGACUACGAAUAAACAGAAAGAAGACACAGUUCAUGAAGAACGCGCACUGCGAGAACGGAGGAGUACAACUUGAAGGCUCCCAAAUCGUGGAAACUCCGUCAUACGUAUACCUCGGACGUAUACCAUGA